CAACAAACCAAAUCGCAUCUAGUUCCUUCCAAUCGACUUAAAUCAAUUAACCGACAACCUCUCAAUGGUGUAGCCGCCAUGGCAGCAGCUCGCGCCAAAUUGGAAGAGCUAAGGGCUCUCCGCGCCGCCGGAAAGAAGCGUCUCUCGACGUACGAAGUCGAGGAACAAGGCGAUAUAUACGAUGAAGUCGACGAUGAAGGAUACAAGAAGAUCAUCCGCAAUCGACUGGACGAGGACGACUUCGUGGUCGAUGACAAUGGUCAGGGCUACGCGGACGAUGGUCGGGAAGUCUGGAACGAGCGCGCGGCCGGUUAUGGGUAUGAUAGCGAGAGCGAUGGUGAAGAACUACCCUUAAGGGGUAAGGCGGCGAAAAGGAAACGAGAGGAGGAAAAGCAGAAGAAGGAGAAGAUGAAUAAUGGUAUUGCUAAAUACCUUACCAGUAAAACGGCAGCUCCUCCUAAGCCGAAGCCUGUUGCUACCGCAGAGGAUGAGGCUUUCAUCGCUGAUCUUCUGGGAGAAGUUGAUACAAACGUUAUCCCCAGCCGUGUGCCGACGAAGAAUAUAGUGAAGUCAGAGACUCGGCGAAAAGUUCGGAUUCUUUCGCCACCAUUAUCGCUGAGAGAUUCCUCCGGAAAAUCCAAGAAGAUAAAGGAUGAUAACUCUACCCAAGACUCUCAUACUGAAAAGCAACAGGAGCUUCGUUCGGAUGACGACGAUGGCCCGCUCCCGCAGAUGGACGGUGACGAUGUGCCUAUGAGUGAUCCGGCACCGUCUUCUCCUUUGAACAAAGCGGUUGAACGGAAAGCAUCGGCUACUAUCAAGAAAGAGGAACCCGAAGAGGACGAUGAUGUGAUGGAUAUUGCGGAGGCUACUGGGGGUUUGAACAGUAGUGCAACGAGGGUCAACAUGGCUGGUAGUCGCCCGCCUGCAAAAGUAAAGUCUAUCUAUCCAUCUCCAGCAAGCUCAUCGCCCCCAAGACCAACUUCUGAUGUUGUGGAUGCAUCCUGGAAUGACGUGAGAAGCAAAUUGAACGUUCUCAGCAGCCCUGCACCGGAGGUGCGAACGUUUGGUAAAGUACAGGCCCAGGAUGUUGUUGAGGAAGAUGGCAGCCUUCGCAUGUUUUGGUUGGACUACACUGAAGUCAAUGGUAGCCUAUGUCUGUUUGGAAAAGUGAAAAAUAAACAGACCGGUUCCUAUGUCAGUGCCUUCAUUAAAGUCGACAACAUCUUGAGAAAACUCUACUUUCUCCCGCGACAGGUCAGACAGAAACAUGGAAGGGACACUGAUGAAGAGGUGGAUAUGGAAGACGUCUAUACAGAAGUAGACGGGAUGAUGUCGCGACUCAGGGUUGGCAUGCACAAAAUCAAGCCAUGCACACGGAAAUACGCCUUCGAACUACCUGGUAUCCCAAAAGAGGCAGAGUAUUUGAAACUGCUGUAUCCUUACGACAAACCUGCUCUGGCAAUGGACACCACAGGGGAAACCUUUUCCCAUGUUUUCGGCACUAAUACGUCACUGUUUGAACAAUUCGUCUUGUGGAAGAAUAUCAUGGGCCCUUGCUGGCUGAAAAUUGAAGAUGCUGAUUUCUCUGCCGUCAAUAAUGCAUCUUGGUGCAAGUUUGAAUGUCAAGCUCCCAAACCGGCGCUCAUCAGCACUGUCUCGGACUCUGAGAACUUGGACGCUCCGCCUCUUACGCUUAUGGCUCUUUCCUUUAGGACUCAACUCAACGUGAAGGAGAAUAAACAAGAGAUUCUGAUAGCAAGUGCAAGAGUGUACGAAAGCGUCUCUAUUACAGAUCCUACGCCGCCGGAGAAGCUCCCCUGCAAGACGUUUACUGUCAUGCGACCUUCCGGGUCUGGUUACCCUGUGGGAUUCGAGGCAGAAACGCGAAAGCAACGGGGUGUGUUCAUGCUGGAAAAGAGCGAGCAGUUCUUACUUAGCAAAUUCCUGGCGUUAUUUGAACGGAUGGAUCCCGAUGUUCUAAUGGGCCAUCAACUACAGGAUGUUGAUCUGAGUAUUCUACUGGACAGAAUGAAAGAGAAAAAGACUCCAGGCUGGCAUCGUAUUGGACGAAUGAAGCGUGGAGAAUGGCCGAAGAACUUUGGCAGAAGUGGAGGCUUUUUUGCUGAGAGACAUCUGAUUGCAGGUAGACUGAUGUGUGACCUCGCCAAUGACAUGGGAAGGUCCCUGAUGACAAAAUGUCAAUCCUGGAGUCUGAUGGAGAUGUGCGACCUCUACCUACCCCAAGGUAACUCGCGCCAGGAGUUGGACUACGAAGCUGCAUUGAAGACCUGGGCAACCAGCAAAGAAGGUCUCAUGAACUUCGCUAAUCAUUGCGAUACGGAUACAUACUUUAUAGCUGCAUUGGUGCUACGAUUGCAGAUGUUAUCCCUGACCAAGGUUCUCACGAACAUUGCCGGUAACUCCUGGGCUAGAACGCUCAGCGGUACUCGUGCUGAACGUAAUGAAUACAUUCUGCUGCAUGAGUUCCACCGGAACAAGUAUAUCUGCCCCGACAAGUACUCGAACAGGCAGCAACAAAAAGCACAAGAGAAGGUCCCAGAGGGUGAUGAGGAUGAGUCAGUGGAUAAGAAAAAGAAAGACAAGUACAAAGGUGGUCUCGUCUUUGAACCCGAAAAGGGUCUCUAUGACAAGUUUGUCCUUGUUAUGGACUUCAACAGUCUGUACCCCAGUAUUAUUCAGGAGUACAAUAUCUGUUUCACAACCGUGGAUCGAUCUUCAACGUCCCAGAAUGAAAAUGAUGAGAAAGUGCCGGAGGUGCCUUCUUCAGACCAAGAGCAGGGUAUUCUUCCUCGUCUUAUCGCGACAUUGGUUGGACGUCGACGAGAAGUGAAGAAACUGAUGAAAUCCAAGCGAGCUACCGCCGAGGAACUUGGUCUGUGGGACACAAAACAGCUGGCUUUAAAGCUGACGGCAAACUCCAUGUAUGGUUGCUUGGGUUAUACCCAGAGCCGGUUCUAUGCACGCCCACUGGCUAUGCUCACGACCUUCAAGGGUCGUGAGAUUCUGAGAAGCACCAAGGAUCUUGCAGAAUUGAAACACUUGAGAGUGAUAUACGGUGAUACUGACUCAGUCAUGAUCAACACCAACAUGGACAACAUCAGUGAUGCACUCAAGGUUGGUGAGGAAUUUAAGAAAUCAGUCAACGAACGAUAUAGGUUGUUGGAGAUUGACAUUGAUAAUAUCUUCCGUCGCCUUCUGCUGCAUGCCAAAAAGAAGUAUGCGGCCAUCAACACGACCGAGGUUGAUGGUAAAUAUGUCGAUAAGCUGGAGGUCAAGGGUCUGGAUAUGAAACGGCGUGAAUUCUGCACCUUGUCGAAAGAGGUGUCGUCCAAGAUUCUAAACGAAGUACUGUCGGGCGAGGACCAAGAGGCCAGCCUCAACCGCGUCCAUGAACAUCUCCAGGACUUGGCGACUAAGAUGAGGGAGUUUGCGAUUCCCGUUCAGAAAUACGUGAUUUACACGAAACUAUCUAAGAGGCCAGAAGAAUACCCGAACAAAGAAACCAUGCCUCCAGCACAGGUAGCACUUCGGGAAAUUGCCCGUGGGAAAACCGUCAGACCUAACGACGUGAUUGCGUAUAUCGUCACGAGUGGUGAUUCAGAGACGGCCUCUCUGCCGCCGGCAAAGCGCUCCUAUGCCCCUCAAGAUGUGCUGAAGCGGGACUCUGGCCUGAAGCCAGAUAUCGAAUACUAUCUUCUCAAGCAGAUAUUUCCCCCAAUCGAGCGUCUCUGUGCUCCGAUUCCGGGUACCGAUGCGGUUCGGUUAGCCGAGUGUUUGGGCCUGGACGUCCGCAAAUACCAGAUCCAUACUACAAGUUCAAGCAACCGACAAGAUACCGAAAUCUUCCCAUUAGAAUCGCAGAUACCGGAUUCGGUUCGUUUUGCAGAUGCUGCGCGACUCAACUUGCGCUGUCGAUUCUGCGGGGAGAAGUCCGUCUUCGAAGGAUUGGUGGCUUCGUCGCACAUGUGCACACCCCACGGUCUCGUCUGUGGGAAGCAAGAUUGCAAGAAACCAUUCUCGGUUCUGUCCAUCAUCGCACAGCUGGAAAGCCAGAUUCGAGAGCAAACGGCACAGUACUACGAAGGUUGGCUGGUCUGUGACGACCCAUCAUGUGGAAACCGAACCCGGCAGAUCUGUGUGUACGGGCAUCGUUGUCUCGGGCCCCGUGGUCGCGCUGAGGGCUGCCUGGGUCGAAUGUCGUACGAAUACUCUGAAAAGCAGCUAUACAAUCAACUUCUGUACUUUGCGUGCCUAUGGGACGUUGACAAAGCCAAGGCUGCUGCAGUGAAAGAGGCUAGCGGGGAGCAGAAGGAUAGCUUAGCAGCUCUUGUGGAGUUCAAUCGUACCAGAUUCGACACCAUAAAGGGUGUCGUGGAAGGCUAUUUGAAGAAAUGUGGAAGACAAUGGGUCGAGAUGGAUAGCUUGUUCCGCUUCAUGCUGGCAUAGUCUACUCGAGUUCAAGUGACAUUUUUGUAUAUAUGUUUAUCUGGGUGCUGGGAAGGUUCGGGACUUUGAUUGUUUCCAUGUUACGUUCAGGGAUAAUGUCAUUAUACAUUUUGUUUUGAUGAAUGAUGUAGAUGAUUUGUAUCUGACAAUCUCCUUUUCC